GUGAAUGCGUCGAAUUGUUGAAUCGAAAAUGCAAUCAAUGCAGAACGUAAAUUGCAGUUUUUAAUAAUCCAUGUGCAUUUAAUUUGUAUGUGCAAUAAUCAUAUUUGAUCAUGUAGUACUAGUGUAUAGUGAAAUUGUCAAAUUCUCGUGUAAGCACAAGUUUGUGUAACUUUAUUAAAGUCGUAAACAAUGUCUACCCCACCGCCGCCGCAGCUGCGCCGCUCCGCAGGUGAGGGCAAGAAGACCACCCCGCCGACGUCUAGUAUUGUGACCAGAAAUGGUGCUCGCAAGGCCAAGAUACAAACUCGGGCUAUGUCAGCAGGGGCCAAGCCGUCUGCCUCUGUGCUUGCAGCGAAAAAGAAGGCUCUGCAGAAGAAAAAACAGACUGUGGACACUGUGAUUCGAGACCAUUAUCAAAUUGCCAUGGAAUCUAAAAACAAAGUGAAGGGGCCAACAGGCUUUGUUACGGAGCCUCGAAUGGCUGAGCACCGGUGUCUGUGGGACGAAAACUACCCUGAGUGCCCUGAGAGGUUAAUACGUGUGAUUGACAGGUGUAAAGAACUGAACCUCAUAGAACAAUGCAAAGAAUUCCCUCCACGUGCCGCGGAUAAAGAAGAAUUAAACAUUCUGCAUUCUCCUAGUGUGUUUGAGAUGCUUGAGACUACCCACCAGAACAACAAUCUCGAAUAUUUGGAAGACCUGUCUUCUAAAUACGAUGCCAUCUACAUACAUCCUAGCACUCACGAGCUAGCCCUAAUGGCCGCGGGCUCGACCAUAGACAUGGUGGACCGCAUCGUGUCGGGCGCGGUCCACAACGGCGCGGCGCUCGUGCGGCCGCCGGGACACCACGCCAUGGCGGCCGAGCCCUGCGGCUACUGCUUCUACAACAACGUGGCGCUGGCUGCGAGGCACGCCAUAGACAAGCGCGGGCUGAACAGGAUACUGAUUGUGGACUGGGAUGUACACCAUGGACAAGCCACGCAACAGAUGUUCUAUGAUGACCCCAGGGUGGUGUAUUUCUCCAUCCACCGCUACGAGCAUGGCGCGUUCUGGCCCAACCUGCGGCAGUCGGACUUUCACUACGUAGGCAGCGGGCGCGGCGCCGGUACCACCUUUAAUGUGCCGCUCAAUAAGACUGGCAUGCACGACGGGGACUACCUGGCCAUAUGGCACCAGCUGCUGCUUCCUAUGGCGCUCGAGUAUCAACCAGAGCUGAUACUGGUAUCAGCGGGAUACGACGCUGCCAUUGGCUGCCCAGAGGGCGAAAUGGAAGUGUCCCCGGCGUGUUACGCGACUCUGACGCACCUCUUGAUGUCGGUGUGCCCGGCGGUGUGCGUGGUGUUAGAAGGCGGAUACUGUGUGCCGUCUCUGGCUGAGGGCGCGGCGCUCACGCUGCGUACUCUGCUAGGACACCCGCCGCCGGCGCUGGCGCCCGAACCACCUAGUGACGACAUCCGUGAAUCGAUCCUCAACUGCAUAUACGCGCACAAACCGUACUGGCGUUGCUACAACUACCAGCCUACGUACAGCAUAGAUGAGUCGGUGCCCAACGUGUGCGACAGAGCGAAACAGAAACAUACGGUCGCGGUGAGGUGGGAGGGAGACGAGACGAGGCCUGACAGGUUCGCCACGAGAGACUGCUACCCGUUGCAGGACAACGAGACCAAGAAAAAGAAUAUGGAGAAGCUUAACAGGUUAAGGCUAGUGACAGAUUUGACGUUGCCACAACACGCUGUAGGGUAUAUUUACGACCAAGCCAUGCUGAAACACAAAAAUAUUUGUGAACCCGGCCACGUGGAAUGUCCGGAGCGUAUAAUGAGGAUACACGAGCGGCACCGAGACUUCGGGCUGUUGGAGCGGUUACACCACAUACAGGCGCGGGCCGCGACAGACGAAGAGAUAUUGGCUGUCCACACGAGGAACCAUCUCAAUAGGCUCAAGGAAUUAUCAUCGACGAAACUAAGAGAUUUAAACAGCCAAAAGGAGGCCUUCGACUCUGUGUAUUUCCACCCGGAGUCUCUGGAGAGCGCCUCGGUAGCCAUGGGUUGCGUCUUACAGAUGGUAGACGCGGUAUUAGGAGGCACGUGCGGAGCGGGCACGUGCGUGGUGCGCCCGCCGGGACACCACGCCGACGCCGACCUGCCCAGCGGGUUCUGUCUGCUCAACGCCGCCGCCGCCGCCGCCGCCUACGCAGUACAGGCACACGGCCUGACACGCGUCAUGAUCCUCGACUGGGACGUGCAUCACGGGAACGGGACGCAGCGGAUCACGUACCGGGACGACAAGAUCCUGUACGUGUCCAUCCACCGCUACGACAACGGCUCGUUCUUCCCGCACUCGACCGACGCCGACUAUACCGCGGUGGGUGAGGGCCGCGGGGAGGGGUUCAAUAUCAACAUACCCUGGAAUAAGCGCGGCAUGGGCGACGCGGAGUACCUGGCGGCGCUGGCGGCGGUGGUGCUGCCGGUGGCGGCGGAGUUCCGGCCGCAGCUGCUGCUGGUCUCCGCCGGCUUCGACGCCUGCGUCGGCGACCCGCUCGGAGGUUGCAAAGUGUCCCCGGAAUGCUACGGGCGCAUGACGCAUCUCCUGCGGUCCGUAGCCGGCGGCCGCGUCAUCCUGUGCCUCGAGGGCGGCUACAACGUCACCAGCAUCGCCUACGCUAUGACGCUUUGCACCAAGGCCCUGCUCGGCGACCCCAUCCACCACCACUACGACCCAAAACCCACCGUGCACUGGUCGGCUGUAGAAUCCAUCAACAACGUCAUCAACACCCACAAGAAAUACUGGAAGAAUCUCAAAUUUCAACUCGCUUUACCCAUCGAAAACGUCCUCCCCGAACCCCACCCGUCCCGAGGAUUAACGAUCACAGAUCACAACGAAUCUCACGAGAAAUUAGCCGAAUUAUCCUUGGCCAGCUCCCUCGAUGAAUCCAAGUCGAAGAGCCAGUUGGACGCGUCUUUAGAAAUCAACAUGGCCAAUCUGAGCAUAGACAGGCCGAAGUGCGAGGACGGUAUCCACUGCGGGACGGAUGACGAGGACGACGGUCCUGACGGUUCCAAAAACAAAACUGACGCUGGCGACAAAGAGACCGCGCAGUGUAGUAAAAAACAAAAGAAGUCGCACGAUGAAGAAAAAGAAGUUGAAGGGAGUUCGAGUAAAAAAGAUGAGCAAAAAACGACGCUUGUGGAUUAUUUGGCUGAGAACAUGCAGGCUAUAGUUGAUGGGGAGAUGUUCGCAGUGAUUCCUUUGCCGUGGUGUCCUCACCUAGAGACGAUGUACGCCAUUCCCGGCGACGUGAAGUUCGAGCAAGGCGUGAAAUGCGUGGACUGCGACGAGACCGCCGAGAACUGGGUGUGUCUGCAUUGUUUUGUUAUCGCGUGCGGGCGAAGCGUCAACGCACACAUGCAAGCGCACUACCGGUCCUGCUCGCACCCGCUAGUGCUGUCUCUGCUCGACCUCUCAGUAUGGUGCAACGAAUGCGAUGCGUACGUCGACCACGAGCUACUAUACGAUGCGAAGAACAACGCGCAUCGCUGCAAGUUCGGCGAGGAUAUGCCCUGGUGCUACAAAAGCGACACCCUCCAUCUCAGCUAAGGCCUAUAGGACUGUCUCCCAUGUUUCCACGAUAAUUUGAACUGUAUUCACUUAU